AUGGAGCUAGAGGUUGGCCUGAAAUUCCUGACUAAGGAUGCAGCAAUGCUUGCUGUUAAGAACUACAACAUACGUCGAAGUGCGGAAUUCAAAGUAGUGGAGUCAGAUCAUACCAGUUGCGAAGACGAGGGCGUCCAGAUUUUGGGAAGUUCAAAAAUACCAAGGGCCUCACACUUGUUUGGCGUCCGAGACUUUGCAAGAUCAUGCUCAACUGGAUUCAAAUGUCAUAUGCCAGCACAUAUUCCCAUGGUUCAAGCAGACGCAACGAUUUGCAUAAAAGUGUUGCAGGGGUCCGUGGAGUCGGCAUACGGAUACAAGGUGUCUUACAAAAAGGUUUGGCUAGCGAAGCAAAAGGCAAUAUCGAGAAUCUAUGGAGACUGGGAUGAUUCUUAUAACCAGUUACAGAGAUACUUCAAUGCGUUGCAAACCUUUGUUCCAGGGACAAUUGUUGACCUACAAACCCGACCAUACUACGUGGGCAACACCCUCGAUCGUGAAAGCGUCAUGUUUCAUCAAGUAUUCUGGUCAUUUCCAUCGUGUGUCGAGGCAUUCAAGCACUGCAAACCUCUAGUUUCGGUUGAUGGAACACACCUGUAUGGUAAGUACACGGGUACCUUGUUAAUGGGAAUAGCACAGGACAAAAACAACAACAUUCUUCCCAUAGCUUUCGCACUAGUGGAACGGGAGAACACAGAUGCAUGGUACUUCUUUCUGACCAACUUAAGGAGACAUGUGGCUACGCAACCAGAUGUUCUACUGAUCUCUGACAGGCAUGCAGCCAUAGAGGCUGCGCUGGAGCGAGAGGGUUGUGGCUGGGAACACAACGUUUACUGUGUCCGACACAUUGCGUCCAAUUUCACAACAAACUUCAAGAGUAAAGAAGACAAAAGACAUCUUGUUAGCGCUGCAUACUCGAAGACCUAA